CUUAAGUCUGUGUUACCAUAUGACAAAUAAACCGGUGCUUUAAUGUUAAUCAUUUUUAACUUCAGAUCAACAACGAUUAUUUAUUCCAUUUUAGUCAAUAGUUCUAAAGUUUAAAUUGUCUCUUUAGUCUUUAUCAGAUCUUUUCGUUCAUUUCUAAAUGGAUUCACAAACUUUACAAAUAACUGAAGAUGAAGCUGCUUUGUAUGAUAGACAGAUAAGACUAUGGGGCUUGGAAGCUCAACAACGAAUGCGUAAUUCUUCGAUUCUUAUAAGUGGAAUAAGAGGGUUAAGUAAUGAAGUAUGCAAGAAUCUCGUAUUAGCCGGUGUUGGUUCGGUUACAAUCAUUGAUCACAAUAUUGUUACGGAAGAAGAUUUGGGUGCACAAUUCUUAAUAACAGAACAGGAUCUUGGAAAGAAUAGGGCAUUGGCUUCAGCUAAUGGUGUUAGACAUUUGAAUCCUCGUGUAGUUGUAAAAACUGAUACGGAUGACAUACGCGAAAAGGCCGAGGAAUUUUUUGAAAAUUACGAUUUAAUAUGUCUUACAGAUAGUGGUCCUGAUACUAUGAUUCACGUAGAUCGUAUUUGCCGAAAAUAUAACAAAAAGUUCUAUUCGGCUUGUACAUAUGGUUUCUUUGGAUAUAUAUUCAGUGAUCUAAAUCAUCAUGACUAUAUACAGGAGAAAAAAACAGUUGUACCGGGUAAGGAAGAACCCGAAAUAACACGAUUAAAGAAAAAUGAGGAAUUUGUGAGCUUAGAAACAGCUUUGUCAAAAAAUGACUGGGAUCAGAUUUCCGUUAAGAAACUAAAUAAAAUUUCCCGUGUAUUGUGGAGCGUACUAAUCUUAUGGAAAUUUCAACAGGAAGAAAAAAGAUUACCCACAGCUAAUGAAAUUGAUAUGACAAAAUUAAAAUCAUUAAAAGAUUCAUUAUUUACUUCGAAUAAUAUUAACGUGUCAACUGUUACUGAUGAAUUUCUUCGGACAUUUACUCUGAGUAUAACAGCGGAAUUAUCGCCUGUAUGCGCUAUUCUUGGAGGUAUAUUAGCUCAGGAUAUCCUUAAUACGUUAUCACAAAGGGAAUUACCUAUCAACAAUUUCUUUCUUUAUGAUGGUAUUGAAGGUUCUGGAGUGAUAUAUCAAGUAGAACCAGGAAAGAAAAUUCCUUAAGUAAUGAAUUGCGAUCGAGAAAAAUAUAAGUUUCAAAAAAACAAAAAAAAAGAGUUCAGAUUUAAUAAACUACAAGAUGCUAUAUAUAUACACAUAAAUUUCUCAAUUAAUAUAAUUAAUAUGGUUUAAAUCUUCUAGCGGCCUUAAGUUUAGCGAUCUUUUCUUUGUCUUCCUCGAACUUUUUGCGAAGAUCGAUUAGUUCUUAAAAUGAAAAUGAAAAAUAAAGUUAUAAUGGUAUGCAAAAAUAAACGUUUAUAAGAAAUAAAUUUCAUAUUUACUAUUUCGUUUUGUUUCACGCAUU